UUUCCACUACUGAACUGCUAGUUACAUCUGCGUUUUCCCAGUUGAGCAAUUCUUACAGUCUGUACUUCUAUCAAAAACCUUCAGUAACUCAAAAUAGAAAACAUUAAACGACAUCAAAUGUGACGACUGUAGUGUUGGAAGCCGAAACAGCUGAGUAUUUUCAGAACAGCCCACAUGAAACUUGUACGAACUUUAUGACACAUCGAUUUUUUGGAACUGCAUUCAAAUUUAAUUGUUCAGAACGCAUUAAGUAUUUAUAUAGUACCUGAGAAAUGAUGGGAACUGCUUGUUAUAUUGUUUGAUUGUGUUCUCCUUGAAGACAAGUGUUUGAUUGGACGGAGCAGGACGUGGAUCAAAACAUGCCAUUCGUUGAUGAUGAUCUCUUCUGGUGUGCUGACGUUGACGGUAGAAUGGUGGAUUUGUCUUGUUUGGACAGUGGACCAAACGUCAUCGUUAAGCGGCAAUCUGAAGACCUUCAAGAUUUAGCCGACAAUGACCUCCAAACUCUGGAAUCGAGGUUGGAAGAAGAACAAGAAGAUAUUUUGCAUCAUCUUUCUGCACCUGAUUUAAAUUUAGAUCAUUUACUUACAAACAUUGAUAUAAAAGCCGAAAGCAUUAUCAAUUCGUGCCUGUAUUCAGAGUCUGCAUGUGAAAUCCCAUCGUCCAACGGAAGAAAGAAAAUAUUGCGAAGUGGUGACGAUGGUUUUACUCAAGUAAACUGCUCUUUAGCACCCUCUGAAUUUUUAGAAGUGUCUUCGUCAACAGCGAUAAAUUGUACUGAAGAAUUUCAAGUGGCACCCUCUUCUCAACUUAUUUCUUCAUCCUCCAGUAACACACCCUCUAAACAGAAUUAUCCAUUAAACAUAGCAACCAGCCUCUCAACGUCCCAGUCUGAGGUCAAAGCAAGAGAGUGCAUUAAAGUAUCAGGAUGUAAUAGUAUAAAAUACGUGAAUGGACGCGACGUGAACAUGUGUUCAGAAAAGCAGUCAAAUCAAGAGUUUGCAGCAGAAAGAUUACUCAAGUAUGAAACUUCCAGCCCUGAAACCGACACAAAAACCCAAUUACAGAGUAUCUUCCAACAGGAUCCUCGGGAGUUUCCAUUUUCAUUUUGCUUCAACUACCAAUCCCUCGUGUCCUGCAGUACCACUACAGGUUCUCUGCCUCCAAGUCCAGCUGACAGUGGAGUUUCUGACGUGGACAGUAGCAGUGGUCACUUGAGCACUGACGAAUCCAAAACCAGACUGCAGCCACUAUCAGAUUCAGUUUCGCCAAGAAUAGCGGAUUCACCUUCACCUGGAAGUACACAGUACUAUAAUUCCCUCUACCAGGUGACGCCGCAAACAUACCAAUCUCAACGGAAACAUUCUGAUCCAGAAUUUCCAGGAAUCGUUUCUCGACACUACUCACAGCCCCGAUACAAACUGUCUCCCACUCACUCCUACUCUGAAUCAACUCACCACCAGAACCUCCAUAGUACACACAGUCCUGGUUUCCGUACGACCGUACACUCUACUUCUUCGGAUUCUUGCACUCGUGAACUUCCCUAUACCCCACAAUACUCGAAACAGCAUCUAGAAACUUCUCCUCCACAUCUCCAGGUUACCAGCCCAAGCCAUCAACACACUCACUGCACAUCGGGGAACAGACCCGUAACUCUCACCAAUUCUGUCUCCUCUGGUCCUCUUUCCUCUUCUGGGCUUUAUUUCUCACAAGAAAGUGCGACAGGAAAAACAUCAGCCAUUCCAACUUCAGUUAUCACUACAGCCCACAACACUGUUUCCCUUGGCGACUUGGAAUCGUCAUUUUACGUAACAGACCUGUCUUUUCAAUCAAAACCUAAGAAAAAAGCACGAAAAGCAAAGAAUGCAAAAGGCAACUCAGCAUCUUGUACGAAACGGAAAAGCCGUGAAGGCUCCACUACGUACCUAUGGGAAUUUCUUUUGAAAUUACUUCAAGAUAAAGACUGCUGUCCACGCUACAUUAAAUGGGCAAAUAGAGAUAAGGGAAUUUUCAAGCUUGUCGAUUCCAAGGCAGUAUCAAAGCUAUGGGGACUUCAUAAAAACAAACCUGACAUGAACUAUGAAACAAUGGGUCGUGCUUUAAGGUAUUACUAUCAACGAGGAAUUCUUGCCAAAGUGGAUGGACAGAGGCUAGUCUACCAAUUUGUGGAGGUUCCAAAAGAUAUCAUAGAGAUCGGUUGACCAGGAUAGUAAACAGGGCAUUUUAUUACUUUGUUGUCGCAAAGCUUUGUAAGGAAAGAAUCGUGUCUAUGAUGUAAUGACUUUGGAACUCACGGCAGUGAAGUAGAUUUGUUGUUGACGACACUGUUGUCUGGUGAUAUGAUACAAGCAUUGUUUCACUAAAAGCCUGUAAAGUAACCGACCUCUUUAAUCAACUGAGGAAGAAAUAUAUUUUUGUAUCAUGUAAACCUUUAUACGUUGUUACAAACAAAAGUAUCAAAUUAUUCUUAUUUAUUUUGUCAUAACAGUGACCUAAGGUUACUUUACUGAAGUUGAUAUGGGAACUUCAUUUAAAAAUUGCCCCAAUAAACUCUUUAUGUGUAUAUAGGAAACAUGAUUAAUGUGGGCAAAAAAGACUGGUGAAAAUGAUAACGUUCUCACCCAACAUGCCAUUUUUGAAGGCACGACACUUGAAGGAUUAAGGUAUGGAUUAGCAUCCUUCUCAUAUAUCAUUGAUUUAAUAUCAUCAUAUCUUGUGAAUUAUGUGAUGAUCGGAAGAUGAUAAGAAACUUUCAGUACUUUUCUAUUAUCAAAAAAUUAUUUUUUCCUGAGAACAUUGGGUCUUGCAGAUUUAAUCGUAAUCUUCUGCCAGCCUUCGUAUCAAGAAAUAAAAUUAUUGGAAAACUACAACCGUUAUUAUUUUCUAAGCUAAUGGAUUAUUAUUUCCUGUGUUUUAAUUGCUAUUAUACAAAUUUAAGUGAAAAAGCAUUUCAAAAGACAAAACGACCUUUUUACUCAGAACAACAUUAUUUACCAAUAUCUUAAGUCGUCAAAACUCUGAGUUUGUAUUAUCAGCUUGUUGAAGACUUAAACUAAGAUAUCUUGUCUCCUUCUUAGCGUUGUGAGUAGUACUGGUGGCAUUUGGGCAACCAAAGGAUACCACUUCACUCUGAUUGGGGGAUUGGCAGUAAAUAAUACACACCCUGAUUGGCCGCCUCAUAGAGGUCCUGACUGUUUGUGUCGCCAGCUAGUCAUGCAGUGAUUGAUUCGUAGGGUAACGUUACAUGCAGAGCUGAUUGGCAGGGUCAGAGUUAGAUAAUAUUCAUUGCCUUAGUAUGCACCUGUUACAUGUUAAGACUUGAUUUGUUGAGCCUUAUUCAGUGAUGUGAUCCUCUCUCACUCAUGGCUAUGUGGUCCUCGAAAGGAUCGUGAUAGAAUACCUUAGUUAUCAUUCUCUUGAUUUCAUUGCUUAAGUAAUUUUUGGUUAUCUCUGUAAAUCACUAUUUCUGAAAUAAAAAUUUUCCACUCACAGUUGAAUGUGUAGUGUAUAUACACUACACCAUGUUUCAACAACAACACUUAUUUGGAACAGUAACGUUUAGGUUAGGUUGUUUUACUCAAAAUACGUGCAUGAAUAAAAUACAUACUUUCAAAGUGGGAUGUGCGUGAAUUCACAGCAAUCUCUGUUUGCAAGACUUGCAUUCAUCAAAAGUACUGUAGAAUAAUUUUAAAACUAAUGAUACGAUAAUUUUUCUUCUGUUUCAUCUCCAUGAAUGACUUAACCUUCAUCACAAUUGGUACGUAUUCACACGUUGUAAUAUAGAUGGUGGAGUUGUAUGAUGGUAAAAAUAAUUGCUGUUUCGGUGAUAUCCAUUUUUAAACGUUGUUCUACGUGAUUUGCAAGUUAGAGUGGAUUAGCUUGUACAUACCUAUAUUUUCGUCACAUAGAAGUAUGUUGUUUCCUUGAAUGUUGAGAGUAAGCCCACGCUAACCUGCUGAGUUCAGUUCUUAUAUGUUGUUCUGCAUGGAUUGUUAGUAGAAACACCUUAUCUGUUGAGUGUCAGGACUAGAGGUUAGUGGUAAAACAAAUUAGGGAUUGAACUGUUGACAUAUUCCUGAAAACAGUUGUUUGGUUUACAGCUUACAGCCCAAACAGUCUAUGAUAUACGUUUUUCCAUAAGUGCUUUGGACACGAGUACCAUUUGCUUAGAGUGAUCCUUUACUGAUAUACUUAUUUCGCUAUGGUAUGUUUAUCAAGUAAAUAAAGCACUGGCGCAAUGAGCAGUGGUAGAAAAACCGCUUUUUUUGAACAACUGAUUUUUCUUACAUAAAAGUGUUUUUUGUUUGUUUGUUAAUGUCCUCAAUAAUGGUUAACAUGUCAGUUUUUUUCUUUUAUAAUAAGAUCUUUUGUCUCCUUGUUAAAAUUUUGAAUAGUAAUUAAGGUAAUGAAAAGAUGCUGUUUCACGCUGAUUGGAUAAUUGGAAGUAACGUCACGAGCUGGCUGCUCGCCUUGAGGUGUUUCCUUUCAGAAUGUUUCAAACAUAUACUCACAAAUACACAAAAUAAAUUUCAUUUUUGUCACUGAAAUAAUCUCAUGUACUUGGGUACUUGUCACUUUGAAUAGAACACGAUGUUGUAUAAUUAACUGCGACAUUGCCAUAAAUUGACUUCUACAAAUUAAGUGUUUUCAAUGCAUAGCAGACUACUAACAAAUGCAAUCAGUUUUUUUUUGUUGUUGUUGUUUUUUAUACAGGAGUGGGUUUAAUCAAACGUGUGGUAUUGGCACAUUGAUGAAAAUGUUAUUAGUUGAUUGAGUCGAGGAUACUCGUACAAUUCCAAGUUGUAAUAUGGCACGUUUAGCGCAUUCUACAGGAUGAUGGCUUUCACUGUACUCUUUGUGCACAUUGCCAUGAAACACUCUCGCAACUUUCUGUCCACGAUCAACUAACAUGGAUAGUGAUAAUCCUAUUGUCCCAAGAGAAAUGAUGAAUGUUAUGAUUUACUCAAUCACUUUGUCAGCAAUGGUACUCAGAGAGCCGAUCAUUCGGUAAGGAUGGCUUGAAUAAAAACAUUUGUAUGUUGCCAUCAAACAAGCAUUGACUGUGAGUUCUUUAAUCACGCAUGAACCAUUAUUUUGAUGAAAUCUUUCAAGCUCAGUAAUGGCCUGUAUCGUGUUGGUAAAUUAAUAGUGAUCUUUGUUUGAAGUUAACUUGAGUGCCUACACAACAUUUAUCACCAGAAAUAUUUCCUUUCUCACGUGCAUUUCUUCUGAUAUUUGAGUUUUAAAUCGAUUCGUAAGUAUCCGAAAGAUUGUUUUAUUAUUUUAUGGUAAGAUUCUUCAACGUACUUGACACAGCUUGGGAACGUUUGUUUUACUGAUAUACUCUUCUGCAACUUAUCCUCUUAUAUUCUUCAAGAUGAUGAUAUAAUGUGCCUUCAAACUGAGAUUUCUUAUUUAUUUUACUUGCUGGAAAAAUAUUUGUACAAUAUAUAUUACUGAUAAGUACAGAUGGUGAAUUCCCUGUAUAAAAAGUUGCACUUGGUUUGUUCAUCAUAUCUUUUGUUUUAAAUAAAAUUGAUUUAUUCAGCUGUACAUAAUCAUGAAUAUUAUCAGGCAAUCUUUUGCUAAAUUGAAUACUUAGAAGAUUUUGCAUUAAUCCAGAGUACAGAGGUUGAUAAUUGCCAUAAAAAACCAUACAAUUGUUAUCAGGAAUUGGAUAGGUCAUAUUGUGUCCAUAUGUCUACAGUUCACUCACUAAUUUGUUUCACUAGUAACCACAGGGCCUGACACUAAACAGGUAAACAGAUGCUGUAGACGAGAAUCCACGUGAAAAACACAAAGGAAAAUGGCAAAAUAUGAUAAUUAACUUAGUUUUAUAGUGUUUUUAUGGCACAUAAGCAGCAUAAUAUCAUAGUUGAGCAACUUGGAAACAGACAUCAAGAUCCUGCCUAUAUUCCAUUUUCAGCCUGUAGGCCCUAAUGAGAGGCUAGUUCCAGCAACAUCUUACCCUAUAAGGAGAAUCCAUAGGAUAAGGUGUUGAAGUCGUUUAACAUAUGAAGUUUUGUGCACACUGGCUAGUGUUAUCUUUUUUAUCUUGUGGUUGUAUAUUUUUUUCUUAAUUUGUCUGCAGAUGUUUCUGGGUCUUGUGAUAAUAAUCGGCAACCAAUCUUCUGCUUCUUAAUUUUUAUAAAUACAUUUAAAAUAUGUUAUUUCAUCAAUAUUAAAUUCAUAAAAUGACUUUUGGAAUAAUUAAGGGUAAAUGACCAGACAUUAUGGAAUAUCUUCCCAUUUUCACAAAUAUAGGCAUAAUUCUUGGGAUCACCACUAUCUCGGAUGUUAUGAAAUACAGUAAUGUGCAAAAGUGUUAAAACAAAGUAAAAAAAUAGAUUUCAGGCUACUUUCAAAGAAC